ACGGGGGUCGCGGGGGGCUCGGCGGGAGCGGCGCGCCGGAGCAGCAGGAGGCGCAUCCAGGGGCCACCUGGCUGGCCGUGGAACUGCAGCGGCCCAGCCCAGGGGUUCCACGGGAGAUGGCCACCGGCGCGCCUACCCUGCUGCUGCUCCUGCUGCUGCCGCUGCCCAGGCCCCCGCCCUGCGCUGCCAGCUGCCCAGACACGUGUCGCUGCUACAGUGCAACUGUGGAAUGUGGCGCCCUGCGGCUGCGCACUGUGCCACACGGGAUCCCAGCAGGGACGCAGACGCUGUUCCUGCAGGACAACAGCAUUGAGCACUUGGGCCCAGGGGUACUGGCGCCACUCGCAGCCCUGCGCCACCUCUACCUGCACAACAACAGCCUGACAGCCUUGGAGCCCGGGGCUUUCCGCACGCAGCCCCGGCUCCUGGAGCUGGCGCUCACGGGCAACCGCCUUCAGGGCCUGCGCACUGGCGCCUUCUCCGGUCUGAGCCAGCUGCGCAUCCUCUACCUGGCUGGCAACCAGCUGGUGCAGCUGCUGGAUUUCACCUUCCUGCACCUGCCGCGACUCCAGGAGCUGCACCUGCAGGAAAACAACAUCGAGCUGCUGGAGGACCAGGCACUGAGUGGGCUGUCCUCACUGGCACUGCUGGACCUGAGCAGGAACCAGCUGGGCACCAUUAGCCGCGAGGCCCUGCAACCCCUGGCCAGCCUGCAGGUCCUGCGCCUCACAGAGAACCCCUGGCGCUGUGACUGCGGCCUGCACUGGCUGGGAGCCUGGGUGAAGACGGGCGGCCAACGGCUGCUCAGCUCCAGGGACAGAAGGAUCACCUGCGCCGAGCCUCCGCGCCUGGCCAGACAGAGCCUCCUGGAGGUCCCGGGCAGCAGCCUCAUCUGCAUCCCGCCCACCGUACGCGUGGAGCCCCUGGAGCUGACGGCCAACCUGGGCGAAGACCUGCGUGUGGCCUGCCAGGCGUCCGGCUACCCGCAGCCCCUGGUGACCUGGAGGAAAGUGUCCCAUGCUCGCGAGGGGCCCAGGCCGGGGCGGCAGCAGACACAGGCCCGGCAGGCCAGCAGGGCGCCGGGACCGCGUGGGUCGGACACCGGCAGCGGCAUGCUCUUCCUUACCAACAUCACGCCCGCGCACGCCGGCAAGUACGAGUGCGAGGCCGCCAACGCGGGAGGCGCGGCACGUGCGCCCUUCCAGCUCUCGGUCAACCUGUCGCAGCCGCCGCCCGCCGCGCCCACGGGGCCUGUGAGCCAGGCGCCCCUGCUCGAGGCGGGGAGCCUGGCCUUCCGCGCACUGAGCCUGGCCACACAGUCCGCCGUGGCGGCCGCGAUCGCGCUACUGGCACUCACCGCGCUGCUGCUGGCUGCCCUCAUCUGCCGCCGCCGGCGCCGACCGCCGAAGGCUCCCUUGGCACCACCCUGCGAGGGCGCCCUGUUCAUCAACGACUACUCCGACGGGCCCUGCACCUUCGCGCAGCUCGAGGAGCUUCGCGGCGAGCGCGGCCACGAGAUGUUCGUCAUAGACCGCUCCAAGCCCCUGUUCGGGGAGGCCACCGCGCCCCAGAUGGACCUGGGCCCCCCACCGCCCCCGCCACCACGUGCCUAUGAGAUCCACUGCUGAGCGCACGCUGGUGGCGCAGGGCACACAGACUGGCCCAGCCGGCACAGUAAAGGGUGGAAGCUGCACUUUACUGGAGAAAA